CAACAACAAAGCAUUGAAAUUCGUGCGUCGCCAAACAGCUGAACGCCAAUCUUUACCUCGACGCCGUCGAGUAUGGAAGUACGGUUUUGUGAGUUAGUCGGCUUUUUGUUCAAUCGGUGCCCAACUAACUAUUAUUGUUGAUGGUAAUAAGUGAUAUUUUCUACGUUUUUUUUUACUCCGAAUUUAAUCUGAACAAACAAGAGUGCUAUCGGUUUUAUAGGACACAAAGAAGUGAAGAUAAGAGAAGAGCAAUUUUAUUUGCGUAACACGUAAAGUGGGGGUGCUCUGCUAAAUAAAUGGGUGUCAGUGCAAAGUGUCACCUAAGUAGGCUGUCGACGACUGUAGUCCAACCCAGGAGGCCCCAGACAUUGCAGCGAAAUCUGAGAAAAAUAUUGCUAACCAGCUUUCAUUUUGCGGUUGAUCUCGAGUGAAUAAAGGAAAACCCGGUCGAGGAGAGUGAUAAGGCUUUUGUGUGGUAAUAAUAAACAUAACUGCACGAUAAAGGUUCAGUCAGCGAGUGACAAACAAGCUCCAGUCUUACCUGGACGAUUGGUGUCUGAUAAGCAGAGGGUAGCUGAGGUUAUUCGGAUACGAUUGUGCGUUGGUUCCAGCUUCCAGGGGAGAAAUUUACACGAUGUGGUGCUUGAUUAACUUGCCCAACGGCACGACGUCGGCCGUUCAGUGCGAUCCUAAGCGAAACAGUCAGGACUGUCUGGAAAAGGUUUGCAGCGACCUUGGUAUCGUGUGCGAAACGGAUUAUUUCGGACUGAUCCCGGUUCGUGAUGGGGACAGCGUCGAUGUGGACGAAUGCAGUGCGCGGCAGUGGGUCAAUCUGCGCAAUCCGCUCAGUAUACAUGCGAACGAUCGGAACCAUCCGAUUCAGCUUUCGUUGCGGGUCAAGUUUUGGGUACCUGCCCAUCUGAUCCUGCAGGACAGCGUUCGGUUGUUGUUUUACAUGCAGGCACGGCAGGAGCUGCUCGACCAGCACAUCAGCCCGUCCAGCUGGUCGAAUGCAGCGUAUAUUUCCGCACUGCUGCUGCAAGCCGACGGAUACAAGUAUGAUCCGGCCAAAGUGGUCGUGAAUCUAUCCGUGGGUGCAAUCGAACGCCGUCAGUCACGGCGUCCCUCCAAGCGAAAGUGUUCGGAAGCGGACGUGAAACGAGGAAGCAUUUCUCCAGUGGGAACAACAUCCGAAGAGGAGCGAACCGAGGAAACGAAACCAAAGAACCUUUACCAGAGCUAUAUUGUAAUGCCAACGUUUGCGGAUACUGCACCGGAACCGAUGCCGGAAAACUUCAUCGAAACGAUCGCUAAGGAGCACGAAACUCUAACCAAAAUUAAGAUGACCCCCAGUUCGGCACAGUACUGGCUACUGGAGGAAAUAUCCUCGCUCAACGGAUACGGCGAGGAAGUGUUCGAAGGGAUUACCAUCAGUGAGCCGCCCGUCCGGUGCAAGAUCGGUGUCAGUCCACACGGUUUAUCAAUCUCAAAAAAGGAACAAACCUAUAGCAAUGUUCCAUUCACGGCAAUAAAAGCCGCCAAAUCGGUCCGGAAAUCGCUUCGGCUCACCUACGUAAACGAGGAGCACGAGGAAAUAAGCGUCGAGCUGAAGCUGCCAAACAAAUGGACGGCAGCCUCGCUGUACCGGUCCAUCAUAGAGAAGCACGAAUUCUACUCGUGCGAAACGGUUCGACCGGUCGUUACCACUCAGUUUAUUCGUGAUCUCAAGGGAACCAUUGCGUCGAUGUUCAACGAGGACACCGAGCUCGGCAAACGGUACGUGUUCGAUAUCCGACGAACGUGCCGCGAGGUGUACGACAACUCGAGACGCAUUCUGCACGCCCGUGGUAUCGAAAUCAAUAACGUCCAGAAGCAUAGUCCCCAGGUGCAGGCGGAACAGCUCGAACAGAGGCUUGCCGCGGAAGCCGAAGAGAACUCGAAGCUAGACCGGCUGGUCGAGGAACGAAUCGUCGAGGCAGUGACCUGUGUUAUCUGUGCCGAUAACGUCAUGGACACCAUGUUUUUACCCUGUGGACACAUCACCGCAUGUCGACAGUGUGCCGAACAGUGCGACCGCUGUCCUUUGUGCCGAGCGGACAUCGAGAGUGUCAACAAAGCAUUUCUUCCGCCGGUGCUCCGAACCAAACGUCAAACCGUUCCAGCACCGUAAAAGCAAGUGGCGGUCCCACGAUAAAAUCACAUUACCAGUAGCUUUUAAGGCCCAUUUACGUAUCUGAACUUUCUAGGUCUCUCUAUAGACACCAGAUCAUGGCGAGAGACAGAAGCAACUUCUUAAUAAGCAGAUUAUUUUUGCUUAGUAUCAUUUGCUGUACCACUGAAAAUUGAAUAAUCGGAGACGAACACUGUUACUGCAAGUUGAAUGUCCAAGGUGCAACUGCAGGUGUUGUUGCACUGUAAUGAAUCCAAUGUUUUUCAUUGUUAGUUACAGUCAAAAAAAAAAUACAAACAGCUAAAAGUGCUAAAAGUGAUAUUUACCUUAUGUUAAUGUAUUUUGCGUUACGCCUUUCAAGGCAAGGCAAGCAUAAACCAAUAAUAUUAAGAGAAAAAAAACUGAAAUAUCAGUAAUACCUACAAUAGUCAAGUAUCAAUGCAAAUUAUUAUAAUCGAUGUAGUAAGUUAGAUUAGAACUGAAGCGACCACAGGCUUGGAAGCAGAAUCCGAAUAGGGUAAUGUUAACGACACGACAGGAGUAUUUUUCGUUUAGUAUUGUUUUUUUUUAUUUUAAUUUGCCACGUUCUAUCAUAAGACCUUGUCGAGUGAUGUCUAUCUGUGUAAGAUAAUGCGAUAGUCAAACCAAACACGCAGUGUA